AUGACCAGUACCAAUGUGGUGAUGAACUACACAGAGACUGAAGCAAAAGUGAGAGAGGCUACAAAUGAUGAAGCUUGGGGUCCCACUGGUGCUAUCCUUCAGAAUUACAUAUACAUCCUUUUGGACUGGCAGGAACUAGCUCAAGCAACUUUCACCUAUGAGCAGUUUCCAGAGGUUAUGGGGAUGCUCUGGAAGAGAAUGCUCCAGGAUAACAGGAAAAACUGGAGGAGAACAUACAAGUCUCUUGUAGUCCUGCAAUAUCUGCUGAGAAAUGGAUCUGAAAGAGUGGUAACAAGCUCUAGAGAGCAUGUUUUUGACCUGCGUAGCUUGGAGAACUAUUCUUUCAUUGAUGAGCAAGGGAAGGAUCAAGGUCUUAAUAUCAGACACAAGGUGAAAGAUCUCAUUGCCUUCAUUCAAGAUGAUGAAAGACUUCGAGAAGAGAGAAAGAAAGCCAAGAAAAACAAAGACAAAUAUGUAGGAAUUGCAAAUCAUGACAUGGGUUUCACCAGUCUUACACGCUCUUCCAUCUGGGAUGAUACGAAGAGAUAUAAGGAUGAGUUCUCCUCUUGGGAUCCUCACAAGAAAAGUAGCAAUUCUGGAGGCACCUAUCGUGAUGAAUCGCCAGAACACAGUGCGGAGGAGGGAGAGCGAUACUCUGAUUCAGUGUCUCGUGUAAAGAGAAGGAAUUCAUUCCAUGAUGCACCAUCCACAUCUGAUAAUUUUGCCAUAUCUCCAAAGGAGGAAGGAACUGAAAGAGUUACUCUUUCAUCCACAAAGAGGGCAAACUCCUCUUCCCCCAUGGUCCGUAUGAGCCCCACACCUUUACCCAUUUCUUCACCCAGUGAAUUUGUAAAAAACAAAGCCAAUGAAGGAACAACAGAGAAUCUUCUGAACUCAGAAGUGGACACUGAAACAUCUGAAUUUGGGGACUUCACUGCUGCUCCUGCUGUGCAUCACAUGAAUUCUAUAGGAACUGCUGGAGAACAGAACUUUGCUGACUUUGAUUCUGCUUUUUCACAAAUGAAUAUCCAAACUGGAGCAGGUUCUCCUAUUUCUUCAACAGGAACCACUGCAGGGAGUCAAGGAGGAAAUGCCGGCAGCAAUGAGUUGAACAAGGACCUUAUGGGUUUGAGUUCCCAAAUCUCGAUGAGCUCCAUCAUGUAUAGUCCUACAUACAUGCCAACUACUUCAGUUAGUAGUGGUAUCUCAUCUGUGCCUCCUGGGAUGCCAGGGAUGACUCCCAUGUGGGGUGGAGCAAGGAGUCAUGCUUCUAUGAUGAUGCCUGGGAAUCUUGCCUUCCCCCAGGGCAUGGUACCUAUGGGGCAGACACCCAUAUACAUGUCCCCAAUGCCUACCCAAGUGCCUCCCCCUGUCAUGAUGAUGAAUGUAGUUCCUCAGGUUCAAACCCAACCUCAACCUGUAUCAUCUCCAGCUAAUGAUAUUCUGUCUGGCACUGGAGCACCACCACCUGUGACUCCUCAGAAUGUUCUCACUCCUCUGCAGCAUGGAGUGAACAUUGGCCCCUCAUCAGCUUCAGCAAAUGCCCAGCAUGCCGGAAUGUGGAAUGUCACAGGGAAAGUGAACAUAGAUUUGGAUAACCUUAUGGGGAAGACUCAAUCAAAGGUUCAGGCUCCCUCUAUCAAUCAGCUCAAGCAACAAGGACAAAGUGGUGCUUCAGGAGCAUCUUCCUUUCAAGGCUGGCCUACUUCCCCACUUCAGUCAACACCUCCACAAAAGUCUUUCCUAUCUGCUUGCAUUGGAGGGAUGUCAAUUGGUGGUGUUUUGGCAUGGACAUCACCUGCACUACCACAGUUAGAGAAAGAGUGGAAGAUCACCAAGGAGCAGCAGUCAUGGAUAGGAGCUUUUGUGCCCAUUGGUGCCAUAUUUGCACCCAUUCUAAUAGCACCACUCAUGGAUCAGACUAAAGGACGCACCGUGGCUGAAGUCAUGCAGCUCUUCAGUGGUCAUGUUCCUUACCAGCCUCUUUCUGGGACCUUGAGAAAAGGCCUUGGAGCCAAUUGCUGGCUCUCUCAGGUCACGCCCGGGGCCAUGAUUUGA